AUGGACAACCAGCUGUUCGAAGUGUCGGUGCUGUGCCGCCUUUCCGAAAUGGCCAAACAUGACGCGCGCCCACUGAGCUCCGGGCAGAAGAUGACCGCAGCGGGCUGGAAGUGCCAGGUACAGGGUGGUCCAGAUCGUCUGGAUGACUUUGAUUUAUGCCAGUUUGGCUCGAAGACGAUUCUUCAUGUCGUCGGUUCGCACACUUCUCGAUGGUCCGGGAUAUUUCGGACCUGUGGAGCUCCACGCUCUCUAAUGGCCACAAGCAGGACCACCGAGAGACCGGCGUUGCCCACCUCAAGUGAGCCAGCAGCCGCUCGCCAUCUGAACGGACUGUGCAAAUAUGUCGUGGAGAAGAGACUUCAGAAGAGCCUGGAGAAGGCGUGUGUGGAAGUGAUGAAGGGCACCGAGGUCCCCAGAAACCCGUACCCCGUGUUCGUCCAGAGGGCCCGCCAACAGGCCGAACGAAUCCGACUUUCUUCCUGGACCAUCCUGGAGGGAUUCCAAAGCUCCAUGACCUUCCCCACGGAGCCCACCGCUCUUGGACACGUCGCAGGCUCUAAGGGUUUUACCCACGUCUGGGGCCACCCGGCGGUCCUCCGCUGUGUCUCCCCACCUGCCAUCGAGCGGACCGCCUGGCUGAUUGAAGACAUCACGCCGCCGCUUUCCAUUCUGCGCUGCAGCCAGCCCUACACGAUCCAGGUGCUCCCGGCCCUCACUGGCCCGUCCAUCUUCUCAAACACCCUCGUCCCUGCGCCCCACGAGCUCGCCAUCCUCCAGCUGUACGUGAUCGCCGGCCCAGACCUCGAGCGAGCCUCGGCGCUGUACGCGGACUGUGUCCUUGGCGACGUCCUCCGCACCGUCCAGCAGGGCCGCCACUACUUGCUCAGGGUGAAGGUGCCGUCCAGUUCCGAAGGACACUUUGACCUGUUCAGUAAGGAGGAGGUGGAAGCCCGCAGGUCAGCCUUCUUGUCCGGCGUCCAAAGGUCCUUGAAGACGCAGCUCCCCGUGCAGGCCGACUGUGUGUGGAGGGCGGACCCCCAGGGCACAGCUUUUCAAGGAGGAGUUAAGCUUUACAGCCUUUGUGUCCUUCAGACGGCAGAGACCCUGGGAGGUGAAAAGGUCCUGGACUUUUCCGAGUGUCCCCUCAUCCACUUGUACUCCAGUGUGUUCCUCCAUCAAGCGCACGCGGAGGCUUAUGUCCGGAUGUUCCUGCCAGCAAAGGGGCACCCUGGCCCCACAGUGCGCCAUGGAGAGUCUGGGGGGUGGUCUCCUGCUCCACGGGGUGACCCCAUUGGGCCAAUUCGGGACACGUUCCUGAAGAAGCUGGCUGCUCUGCACCCGUCCCGACAGCCAUUUCUCGCCGCCCACUUGUGCAUCCUGAUCCUGCUUCUUGAACUUGGAGACCACGGCAAUGUGAGCGAAGACCAGCAGCUGGAGCCCCUGAGACAGAUCAAUGCCUUUCUUCAUGGUGCCGCCUGUCAGCUUUGGACAAUCCGCAGCCUCUGUAGGACCAUCUGCCAUCUUCUUCUCUCUCGUCAGACUGAGGGUGACAGUAAAGAGGCCUGCCAGGCGCUGGCAGCGAGGCUAAAGACCCUGAUGCAGGCCUUCCUCAGCCAGGCCCACAAGGAGCAUGAGGGGGUCUCAAGCGACUUCCACGUUAUGACCCGAGUCCUGAACUGCUCUCUGGACGCUCUGUUGGCUGACUUGAAUUCCAGUUCCUCCUUGAGCGCUCUGGACAAAUGGACACAGUGGUGGGCUUACAGUGAAGCACUGGGCUCUCAGCUCAUGGCUGACACCUUCCCGUGGGUCCCCAUCCUCACUGACCUGAAAAGGAUUGCUGACCAGAGGAUGAAGAAGCCCAGACGGGAUCGGACCACGGCGAGCAGACCAGUGCUGCAGGCCCCCACAGACCAGCGGCUCAUUUCUGAGGAUCUCCUUUAUGGACGGAUGCCCGUUUAUAACUUGGAGACGGCGGGCAAAAGGCAAAAUGGAGGAGAUGUUGGUCUCGAUGCCAAGUUCACUCAGUAUCUGGUGGACUGCCGACUGGACCAGCACUGGCUCAACUGCUUACAAGACAUUCUGGGUGCCAACCCUCUGCCUGCCAACCCCUACCCACGUGUGGUCAAUGAGUUCAGAAGGGCAGUACUCAGAAUGGACUUGUGGGGUGAGCCCAGCAGCCGUCUCUUGCAUCGUAUCCUGUCGAGCCAGCCCACCCUGUGUGAGCGGGGUCUUCGCAUUUACCGAUGUCCUGGGGGUGAGGGCUUUGGCUUGGAGAGUGCCACCAGAGCCACCCACCCUGAGCUGCUUGCCAAGGCGCUCCGCAGGCUGCAGCUUCUGGAAAGCCCUCCACCGCAGGCGGCCGGUGGUCUACAGGUCACCACGAGUUUGGCUCUGCACGCCCCGGGGUCCUGGCUUGGUACUCUCACUCCGUUCCUCUGCUCCCUGGAAGUGACCGAAUUCUGCUACAUCACAGCACCACCUGGCUGUCUUCCUGAGGUUCUGCAGGCCUAUGCCAAGACUGUGCAUCACCAGCUGUGUGAGCUCGGGCGCAGGUCCAGCUUUGCCCCGUGUGGAGUCUUCUUCGGCAGUAAAGAAAGGUGGACACUGGAUAAGGUCAUCAACUUCCCCUUUGCCUUCAGUGAGGACUUCAUUCAGGCCAUGCAGGCCAGGCAGGAGGUCUACCUCAAGGUACUCCUGAUCCCCUCUCAACCAGACUGGAGGUUUGUUCCCCUGGUGAAGCACUUUGUCUUGUACUAUAUGAGCCCCGGGACACACGACUGGCUCUGUUUUCCUCAUCAUGAGCCCACCACAGUCUACCAAGUUGUGUUCCAAACCCUUGAAGAGGCGGUCUUCCACGUUAGGAUGGUGGGGCCACCAGGUGACCCUUUCAGCUGUGCCAACCUGCAGGUGUUGACCACCCACCUCGAUCCACAGAUACAGCAAAACCUGAAGAGAGGAGACCUCCUGCAGGCAUACAGACUCCUUGCUCUCCGAGGUCUGACCACCAAGGAGGACGGCUGCCUGCCCGCUUGCUGGAGGAUGCUGCACAGCAUGUCGGCUCAGCUGGAGUACCUGAGAGGCCUCAGUUCCACUCUGCAGGAUUACAUUGCAAUGAACCGAAAUGCCAAAAUUGCCAAAAGGAGAGCAGAGGACAGAGAUGACAGUGUGACCGCCCUGAAGGAUAACAUUCAUUUCGAUGCCAUGUUGGCCAGUUAUAGGGACAUCCUGAAGAUGACGCUGGAGAAUCCCUGCUGUCUGUCAGCCCCGGGGCUGCGCGAGUCCCUCCUGCAAGGCUGGUCUGUGGACAGAGCUGAUGGAAAGAUGGAGUCCUGGCCAGUGGAUGUGCUGGAUGAAUGGCUCAAGAACACCUCCUCGGCCUGUCAGGCCCUGGCGGACGCCACUGCCUCAGAUGUGCACGCGUUGUGCCCGGAGAUCGCAGUUCUUCUGGACAAUCUAGAGAGGCCAGCGGUGAGGGCUCGCAUCCACACUGCCACGCCACCCAAACUGGAGGUCAUGCCCGCUCCAGCUCCAGUCGUGGAAAGUGACAAACCAAAGACCUUCCCGAGUGUCCGCCGAGCUCUGGAAAGCUGGUGAGAGCAGUCAGGCCCUGUAAGUGCACAACCAGUAGGGGGCUCCCUCUGCGUGCCUCGCUCAUAGCAAGUCCUGUGGCUCGCGGCCUGACGUUGUGUUAUCGUCUCGGAUUGUCUUCAUUUUUUUGUGGAAAUUUUGAUACUUAUGCACCUAAUUUGUAUUUUUUUUUUCUGUCCAGAGCAUUACUGUAAUUUUUACUAUAUCAAUAAAAUGUUUUAUUUUUACUAUUGUUGUUAUGUUGGGGGCGGCACGGUGG